AUGUCGCAAAGUUCCGACGACGAGGUGGUUGGCAACCGUGCCUGGAUUGACGCGUGCAAGAGCCGUGGACACUUGCAGUUUUGGCUCAUCAACCUACUCAUGACAAUCCCCAUCUGCUUCAGGCUGGCAUUCUUCUCUGGUGAGAUAAGCUACAAACCCGGGCGCUUGGUGGGUUUCGACGACAUCCUAACUGUUGGACACCUUUUGCAAGGUUGCUUCUGUGCUGGCUGCCUGUUCCUUUCGCAUCGCUUCGACGCGGGCAGCCUGUGCGGAGGGCGCUUUCCGCGCUUCAAGACUUGCGUGCUGGUGUGCUACACUGUGAGUGCCCUGGUCUACCCGGUGUACAACUUGAACAAACGACUCAUCACCAGCAUGCCCUUCUUCGCGGACUCCAGCUACUUCUCCAACCAGGCCGACUUUCUGCUUGGUUUGCUCAUCGGCUACUUGCUGGUCUCUGCCUUCGCGCUCUUUGCCCACUUCUACCAUCGGAACCAUCACAGCUGGUGUUCGCCUUCCCUGGACAUCGAGCUCCGACACUGGGCUGAGCACCCGUUCAUGCUGGUACACGUGCGCUUCGAGGAUGUCAACUGGUGUCUCAUUGCCUUUCACUGCGUGGAGGGUGUCAUCGUCCUGGCACUCUUUUUCAUCACUCUGAAUGAAGAACAUCCUUGA